ACUACUUGCUGCAGAGUGAGGUCUUUCAGCGUUGCUUAGCAAUACGCUUUUCCGCAGUACUUCACUUUCUUGAUUCCUGGUCCGUUUCUGUGAAUAAUACAACUCAAAAUGAAACAGAAGUUCAUGUAACAUUUUUUGAAAAGCAACUACAAAAAAUGAAGUGCCCAUUUGGAAUCCAUCAUGGAGCCGUGUCCUAUGCCAUGACUACGUUAGGUGCAGGAAUGAUGAACCAUAUUUUUGUAUUUUAUUAUGUCAAACUUUUUUUAAAUCGAUACAAGAUUUCUGAAGCCUCUUUUCACCAAGCACAGGUGCUUUAUAUGAUCUGGAAUGCCAUUAAUGAUCCACUUUUCGGGUACAUUCAGGAUAAUUCCAAGUUACGAUGGUGUUCCAUACGACGACUGUCUAUCUUAUAUGGAGCUCCACUUUAUGCAGUAGCCUUUCUGCUUCCCUGGUUUCCAUGGAAACAAUAUGAAGAUGGUGAUUGGCUAAGUGGAGCUCAUCUAAUUGUGGCAUUAUGUGCCUAUGAUACUAUGCUUACAUUUGUAUUGCUGGCACAGUGCGCACUUUUUGCCGAAAUUUCAAAUAAGCAUGAAAACCGCCUCCAGCUCAUUAAAUAUAAUCAGGUGGCAUCGUUAGUUGGGUCAUGCAGUGUGCUAUUUUGUGGACUUUUUUCUAAAAAUAUGGAGAAUUUUUCAUAUUUUCAGGGUUUCAAUGUGCUGAUUGCAGUAUUGGCAUUUGUUUGUAUGUCCUACACUGGUAUUCAUAGCGUCAGUCAAUUUGAACAUACAGAAAGUACUACUGGAACUGCAGCAGAAGGAACAGAUGAUGCUUUAACCUGGUCUUCUGUGUUCUCCUUAACAAAGCAGAUUGUCAUGCAAAGGAACUUUGUACUUUUUGUGGCCAUGAACUUCUGUCAAGUAUUCCAUUUGGCCUUCAUGAACAACUUUAUGAUGAUAUUUGUAGAGCAUCUUCUUCCAACAGAGGCAUUCCCAUCAUUUGUGAAAAGUAUCAUGUAUGGUGCUGGCUUUAUCUGUCCUCAGAUUCUUGUCCUCUGCAGUCACUCAUUGUUGGGGAAGCUUGGCUACUAUAGAGUUAUUUUGUACACAUUCUAUAUAGAAAUGGCAGCUGGAAGCGUGAUGUUUCUUCUCGGACCAAGCCACUAUUACCUACUAGCUCUGUUUCUUCCUGCAAAUUUGGUUCUUGUUCAGGCCGCUUUCAGUCUCUUUAACUUGCCUCUGGCUGACAUCAUUGAUUCUGACUUACAGAUGUACAAGCGCAGAUCACCUUUGUCCUCAAUGGUGUUUGGUACCAAUGCACUUUUUACAAAACCUGCUCAGUCCUUGGCCCCAAUGCUUGUGGUGACCAUACUGAAUCAGUAUGGAUAUGAGAAAUUGAAGGACAAAACUGCAGAGGGUGACCUAAGUUCUUUGCUGGUGCUGCAUGAUGCUAUGUUCUGGUUAGUGUGCCUGGCUCCAGUCUGCAUUGCAAGUCUUCAGAUUCUGGCAUGGACACCUUUUUCUAUUCGAGAUAGCCACACCAUUCAUACAAAGUACAUUGAAAAUUAAGUGAUGGUUGCGGAGUGUAACAGUAAAAGGAAGCAGUGUUCCGGGAAACUGCACUGUACCUCCAGCUUUGGGACUGAAUUUAUGGUGGCUACUGCAGUGUGGUCAUUGCAGUUAUGAAUUCUUGGUUAUGGGGUCAACUUUUCCUACAUCUGAUUAGCAUUGGUUCAUUAUGACAAGUACAAUGAAAAGCACUUUGGCUGGAGAGUACAUGAUGUUUUUAAUGUAUAACUGGGUGUUAUUUUGGGGAGUAAUAAUUUUGUGUAUUGCUUUUAUUUUUAAAUUGCAGAUGAAUCUAUAGGGGGAAUCAAACUUGAGGCAUGACUGAGAAUGUAUUUCUGCAUUGUUAGAUGACCUUGCAGAGUGCAGUUUUAAAUGACCACAUGAAGACAUUUUAAAAACAUCAGGUAGUUCAGGACCACCAUUGUAGUUAAUGUGCAUGAACAAGUGACCCAUGUAAUUAUUUUGAAAAGAUGUUUGAAAGGUGCCCCAAAUAGUCAUGGUAAAGAGGCCAGGAGUUAGUACCACAUGUUGAAAUAUGUAGCAUUGACAGUUUGGAAAUGAGCUGAUGGUAUCUAAAGUUCCAGAUGUUCAUCGUGCAUACAGCUGCAGUAAUCACAGAUGGGUUUUCAGCCGUCAGGCGGUCUCUCGGUCGGCCG